AUGACUGUCGACAAAAUGAUCAGCGACCCUAGCCUCGUCGCCGUCCUGCAGGUGUCGGACCAGGCACGCGAUCAGGCGUACGACCUGCUGCAGCUCGUCGCGCAGGCGCGCGCGCGCGCGACGCCCGAGAACCACGUCGAGAUUGCAAAGCAGCAGAAGCACAUUCUCACGAGCAUCUCGCACCUGCGUGGCCUCCACCGCAACGCCUCGUUUGCGGCGCGCGACACCAAGACGCAAACGGCUGAGCGCCGCCAGGAGGUCGACCGCCUCCAUCUGCAGCUGCAGAACCUGUACUACGAGCAGCGCCAUCUCCAGGGCGAGAUUGCCGCCUGCGAAUCGUACGAUCAUAAAUACCAGCAGCUGCCGUUGAUUCCAGUGGAGGAAUUCCUCGCUCUGUUUCCGGACGCCGCGGCCAAAGACGACAAUCAGCUCAUGCAUGCGCGAAUCGAGCACGAGCGAGGCGAGCGCGAGAAACUGGAGUCGCAUCGUCAGGAUCUACUCAAAAGGAAGCAGAAGCUGAUUGCUGAGAACACGCGCCGCAAGGAGGAUCUUGCCAAUCUGGAUCAAAAUCUGGAAAAGUUUAUCGACGCCGCCAAGCCCAUCUUGGAGCUCUUCGAAAAGGCUCCCUGA